GCAUCACUGCAUCUUCUUCAGUCGAAAAAAAAAAAACCUUCUAGAUUAAAAAAAAUGAACCAAGAUGAGUUCACUGAGUUACUACCGGGUCUACCCGAGGAAAUUGCCCUCGAGUGUUUGACCCGAUUACACUAUUCAACUCAUGGAGUUGCUUCUCGUGUUUGCCGAAGAUGGUGCCGAAUUCUUCAAAGCAAAGCGUUCUAUUACCAUCGGAAACAAACGGGUUAUACCCAUAAAUCCGCUUGUUUAGUACAAGCUUUACCAGCUCCAGUUGAAUCUAAACCCACCGGACAACCCAGGUAUGCGAUCUCGGUUUUCGAUUCAGUAUCUGGAAUUUGGGAUCGGGUCGACCCGAUUCCGAAAUACCCAGAUGGGUUACCAAUGUUUUGUCAAAUUGCAUCCACGGAAGGGAAGCUUAUUGUUAUGGGUGGAUGGAAUCCAUCAAGCUGGGAUCCGAUUAAAGACGUGUUUGUUUACGAUUUCAUUACUCGUAGAUGGACUCAGCGUAAGGAUAUGCCGGAAGCUCGGUCGUUUUUCGCUAUGGGAGCUGUCGGAGGACGGGUUUUUAUCGCCGGCGGUCACGAUGAGAGCAAAAACGCGCUGAGUUCGGCUUGGGUUUUCGAUAUUGCGUCUAACGAGUGGACUGAGUUGCCUCGGAUGAGCGAGGAGCGAGACGAGUGUGAAGGUGUGAUUAUCGGCUCUGAUUUCUGUGUGGUAAGCGGUUACGACACGGAAACCCAAGGCCAAUUCAAGAAUAGUGCUGAGUUAUAUGAACUCACUACGGGACAGUGGAGAGGAGUUGAGAAUUUAUGGGGGUCUAGCCAGUGUCCCAGGGCAUGUGUAGGUGUGGGCAAAAAUGGAAAUUUAACAUGUUGGGCAGAAUCCGACCCGAAUGUUAACGUCGGAGCAUGUGGUGUGGAUCUUGGUGAUCGGACGUUGGUUACCGGGUCGGCCUAUCAAGGUGCCCCGCAUGGGUUCUUUUUCGUCGAACACGACAAAAAAGAAGGGCAAAACAGUAAAUUGACGAAGAUUGAUGUUCCUGAUGAGUUUUCAGGAUUUGUGCAAUCUGGAUGCUGUGUGGAGAUCUGAAAUUUUGGAUAAUAUUAUUGUAAGUAUUUAUGUAAAAUAUAUAAAAAAUUCCAACUUUGAGUCUUUGGAAUGAAAAAACUCGGUAGCGAGUGUCCUCCCAGAUAUGAGCUCCGCAAUGCAUGAAUUCAGAUUUAAUCGAAUUUUAAUGUGGAUAGAGAAAGCUUUUAAGCAUAGUAGUUUUUUAAAGUAAAUCUAUGUUUGGAGUAUACAGUAUAGUAUGGUAUAAAAUAUAGAGGCAAUAUUAGUGACUAGUACAAUUUUUUCUUUUUGUAUGUUACUCUGUACUUUUUCCCCACUUUGAAAAUGUCAAUUUGAGUAAUGGUGAUUUUCUUAUGGAAAAUUAGAACUUUGGAUUGUAA